AUCAGAUCCAUAUAUAUAACUACUGAACAAAAAAAUAGUCACAUAUUUCUCAAUUCGUAUCUAUUAAAGCUCAGGCGGGAUCUGAAAAUAGUUCAAUGGCGGCGCCACCGCCCACUGUCACCGGAGCCGACUCCUCUAAACACCACGCUUAUAGCCGGAAGCAGAAGUCUCUCGGCCUGUUAUGCUCAAAUUUUCUUUGCUUGUACAAUCGCGAUGGGAUCACCUCCAUUGGCCUCGACGAUGCUGCUUCACGAUUAGGGGUUGAAAGAAGACGGAUCUACGAUAUUGUUAAUGUACUUGAGAGCGUCGGGGUUCUGGCAAGGAAGGCAAAGAAUCAAUAUACUUGGAAAGGGUUUGAGGCUAUACCCAAGGCUUUAAAGGAGCUUAAGGAUGAGGGUUUGAAGGAGAAUUUCAGUUCAUUUGAUGGCAACGAUGAUGCAAAAGUGUCUGAUGAUGAAGAAGAUGAUGAGAGAAUUUCUGACCCUCGUACUGAGAGUCAACCUGACAAAUUAAACCCCAAUUUAAAUCUCAAAUCUUCUGCUUCUUCUAAACCAGAAAAUAGAAGGGAAAAGUCAUUGGCACUUCUUACUCAGAAUUUUGUAAAGCUCUUUGUUUGCACUAGUGUGGAUCUGAUCUCCCUAGACGAAGCUGCAAAGUUAUUGCUUGGGGAUGCGCACAAUUCAUCAAUAAUGAGAACCAAAGUCAGACGGCUUUAUGAUAUUGCAAAUGUAUUGUCCUCCAUGAAUCUAAUUGAAAAGACACAUACGUCAGACACAAGGAAGCCUGCAUUCAGGUGGUUGGGGUUUGAAGGAAGAGGAAGAGCUAACCAUAAUAGCUCUGCGCAUGAUUCAGUUGUUACUGAGUCGAGAAAACGAUCAUUUGGAGCAGAUAUUACAAACAUCAGUUUUAAGAGGAAUAAAAUGGAUUCAUUAGUUGGUGAGAGUUUAAAUAUGAACUUUAGCAAGCAGAAGCAAGUGAAACAAGAGAGUUAUGUAGAAGAGAUUGAUAGAAUCACUUUUGAAGAAGAUUCAAAUGAAAGUACAAAGAGCUACCAGUUCGGCCCUUUUGCACCAGUCACCAUAGCAAGAGUUGGCGCCUCUGAGAAUAAUAAUCCAAGGAAAGUUCAUGACUGGGAGAAGCUUGCCUCUAUUUAUCGUCCUCAAUACCAAAACCAAGCCCUGAACGACCUUUUUUCGCAUUACAUGGAAGCAUGGAAAACAUGGUACUCGGAAGUAGCUGAGAAGAAUCCGAUUAAAAUUUCUUGAUUAACAGUGAUUGAUCAACUCGAUGGCGGAGUGGGUUAAGGUAGAAGUAUUAGGUUUGAGAUUUGGUGUUUGCAUUUAAAGUCUUAAAAAAUCAACCCCUCUUAAGCUGGUGAAAUAUGAUGAGAAAGAAGUGGGCCUAGGAUGCAUCUUCUCUAUGCACCAACUUAGAAUCGCCAUCUCACUUGGGAUAUUGUAUUUUGCCGCACUGGUUUGACAUUUCCACAAUCACUGUAUUUCUACAUAUAGGUUUUUUCCAUUUGGAAUUGGUUGGAAGCUAGGGUAGGCAAUUGGAAGUUAGAAUAGGCAAAGAUCUUCAUUUAUAUUAGUUGUGGAAGCUGUAGAGUAGUUCAUGUAAAUUUUCUGUGACUGAAAUUUAAAAUCAAUUAUGACAUUGGUGUUGCCCUUUCUGGUUGA